GACGGUCAUGAUCGAUGAGAGUUGUUGCAAAGAGUGAGAAUGUGUUUUAGAGGAUAAUUUCAGGAACUUUUCUAAUCAUUGUUUAUAUUUGUCACCUUCGUAGCUUGCAAGUGACAGUACUGUAACCGCCUGCGCAAACAGAGAGAGGGAAAGGGAAUUGUAGACGGAGAGAGUUGGUGAAAAUGGCCGAUAUUCAGGUAAUAAGGGAGAGUGAGGUAGUUGCGGCGGAGAGUCCAAGGAGUCCGGAGGCGAAUUUAGGAAUGAAAGUGGAGGAUCUAUGGGAUAUAAUGGAGCCACAGUUGAGUCCUAAUGAGAAGCUCAAUGCUUGCUUUGAGAGUAUACCUGUAUCAGCUUUCCCUUCUGCACCUUCUCCAGUGGUGGAGAUAAAAUCAGACACGAGUCUAGCAGAGGCAGUGAAAAUACUUUCAGAUCAUAAAAUGUUAAGCGCACCGGUGGUGGAUGUUGAUGCUCCUGAGGAUGCCACUUGGAUGGAUAGAUACAUCGGCGUUGUCGAGUUCGCUGGAAUUGCUGUCUGGAUUUUGCAUCAGUCAGAACCCACAUCUCCAAGAAAGGAACAUUCUGGCAAAGCUCUUGCAAUGGCAAUUGGUUUGACUAAUGCCGCAGGGCUUGGAACCCUGGGUCCUGAAGAUGCUUCAGCAACUUCUGGAAAUUUUUUUGAGGCUUUGACUUCUUCUGAAUUCUAUAAAAACACAAAGGUUCGCGACAUCUCAGGAUCAUUCCGGUGGGCACCAUUUCUUGCUUUACAGAAAUCAAACUCCUUUUUGACGAUGCUGUUGUUGCUUUCUAAGUAUAAAAUGAAGAGCAUUCCUGUUAUUGAUCUGGGCGAAGCAAAGAUUGAUAACAUUAUUACCCAGUCUGCUGUUAUACACAUGUUAGCUGAAUGUGCGGGGCUUCAAUGGUUUGAGAGCUGGGGAACCAAGAAACUUUCAGAUAUUGGUCUUCCCUCCAUGUCCCCUGAACAUAUUAUCAAGGUGCACGAGGAAGAACCAGUGCUCCAGGCAUUUAAGCUUAUGAGGAAAAUGAGAAUUGGUGCAAUACCUGUCGUUGAUAGUGAUGGUAGAAAGGCGGUAGGCAACAUAAGUCUAAGAGAUGUUCAAUACCUGUUAACUGCACCAGAGAUCUACCGUGAUUAUAGGUCUAUAACAGCAAAGAACUUUUUGACGGCAGUUAGAAGCUACUUGAAGGAGCAUCAUGAAACCUCACCGAUGUUGAAUGACAUGAUUACAUGCACGAAGGACCACACUAUUAAAGAAUUGAUUCUGAAACUCGAUUAUCAGAAAGUUCAUAGAGUAUAUGUCGUGGAUGAUGCUGGUAAUCUUGAAGGAGUGAUCACUCUGAGAGACAUCAUCUCAAGGCUUGUACAUGAGCCCCGUGGCUACUUUGGUGACUUCUUUGAUGGAGUGCUGCCGCUGCCCCAAAACAGUAGAGUCUAAGAGGUAUCAGCAAUGCAGGUUUGGUCACUCCCCUAAUGAAUGACCAUAUUUUCAAAUGAUAUCUGCUAAUCUUCUUUGGAUUGUCUGAUUGCGAGUAAAUUUGGUUGCUGUAACAUAGCCGAGUGCCAUGUAAUCAGUUUUCCUCGUCCUUUGAUGGUUUUCCUUCAUCUGUAUAUCUUGAUGUAACCACAAACUGCACAUCAACUUCCAUAUCAAGUGCAAAUUCUUAAUCCUGUCAUUGUUAAUUUGAAUGCUGAAUUUGCAAGGUGAAAAUAGCGAGUUAUUAAUAUAUAGAUUUUGUCUCUCUAGUUGUUUUUAACCUUGUUCUUACGCUUUGAAAGAAAAUAAAGGGUUAUGAAUCUGAUC